AUGAUGAAAGGCUUCAAAAACAGACUUACUCGCAACAAAAACCCGAGCUCGUCAAAAAAGACAGACAAGAAGGAUCUGAAAGACUCCAUGAAGGACAAGGAAUCUUCCAAAAAGGGGCAAUCGCUUUCACUGAAAACAGCUAGCUCGAACUCUUCCUUGAAAUCAAACUCCCCUAGUCCCUCGAAGAAUGAGACUCUGCUGACUUCCGAUUUGUCUUCAAUUCUGAAGCUGCUGGAUCAAGCGAAACAGCUGCUGGUAAAUCCGUCAGCAGUUUCCCAAUUUUCAUCACAAACUGAACAUCCUAACACACCGCCACCUCCAGACGCUAUUGCAGGUGUCGAUAAACAGGCAAGUUCUCCCAAAAUUGUUGUCAACGAACCGAUACCAACAACUGUUGGCUCCACAAAUCCUGUGUCUCCUACCCCGAGCUCACCAAACGCCCAGAACCCUGCAUUCGGACACGGUAGCCUUCACCUUGAUGGCAGAUUGGCUUCUCACUCCCAACAUCAACCACACUCCCCUUUGAACCUCAAUAUAUCAUCUCCUGGAAAGGAUUCAUUUGACAUAGAUUUGAUUGUCACUCCCAAAAGACAUUCGUCUUCUCGUUUCGAACCAACAACGUCGGACGACCACAGGGAAAUCACGAAGCUUCCUAACUUCGACGAAGUGGCUCCAGAAGAGCAGAUUUCCCUCUUCAUCCAAAAGGUCGAUCAAUGUAACAUCUUAUUUGACUUCAGUGAUCCAACAAAUGAUAUCCGGGGCAAAGAGAUAAAGCGUAUCACGUUGCAGGAGCUAAUCCAGUUCAUCGUGAGCAAUCGCUUCAAUUACACUGACGAAAUGUAUAAGCAUGUGAUUGCAAUGUUCAAAAAGAACUUAUUCCGUCCUAUUCCACCUCCAGUUAACCCAGUGGGGGAGCUUUUUGAUCCAGAUGAAGAUGAGCCUGUGUCCGAAUUGGCCUGGCCUCACAUGCAAUCCAUUUAUGAAUUUUUUUUAAGGUUCGUGGAAAGUCCCGAUUUCAAUCACCAGGUCGCUAAGCAAUACAUUGAUCAUGAUUUCAUCCUCAGAAUCUUGGAAUUGUUUGAUAGUGAAGAUCCCAGAGAACGUGACUGCUUGAAAACUACGUUGCAUAGAAUUUAUGGUAAGUUUUUAAGUUUGCGGUCUUUCAUUCGUAAGUCUAUCAACAAUGUGUUUUUGCAGUUUGUUUAUGAAACUGAAAGAUUCAAUGGUAUCGGUGAAUUGUUGGAGAUUUUGGGCUCUAUUAUUAACGGAUUUGCGUUACCUUUGAAAGAAGAACAUAAAAUCUUCUUGAUCCGAGUUCUCCUUCCUUUGCAUAAGGUCAAGUCAUUGUCAUUAUACCAUCCUCAACUAGCUUACUGUAUCGUUCAGUUUUUGGAGAAAGAUCCAUCAUUAACUGAAGAAGUUGUCAUGGGUCUAUUGAGGUAUUGGCCCAAAAUCAAUAGUCCAAAAGAGGUCAUGUUUUUGAAUGAAAUCGAAGACAUUUUCGAGGUUAUGGAACCAAACGAAUUUUUGAAAAUUCAAAUUCCAUUGUCCGCGCAGUUGCUGAAAUGCAUUGCUUCAUCCCAUUUUCAAGUCAGUGAGAAAGUGUUGUGUUUCUGGCAAAAUGAAUACUUUUUGACUUUGGUGACUGAAAAUGCUGAAGUUGUACUUCCAAUUAUCUUUGCCUCGUUGUAUGAACUUACUAAUGCAACGCAGCCAGGAAUAGCUAAUGGUAUCGUGCAGCAAAAACUCAACGAGAAUCCGAACGCGAUGACAGACGCUAAUGGCAAUCUAAUCGAUAGUGGUUUGGUAUUGAAUAACAAUUAUGAUUCCAAUGGGGAUAGAGAUCAUAAUGGGGGCUUGGAAGAUGCGCAUAUGAUCCAUGACAUGACGGAUGAAGAGUACUACGACUCUUUUUCCUCCCCUCAUCAACAUAUGGACAUGGACGAUUUUAGCAACAUUCCCCCACACAACCUGGCCACAUCUAACUGGAAUAAAAGCAUUCACCAGUUGGCAUUCGGCGCAUUGAAGGUUUUUAUGGAUCAUAACCCUAUUUUGUAUGACCACUGUGCUAUGUUGUAUCACCAAUCUGUUGAGGAAAGAAAGAUAAGGGAAGUUUCAAGGAAAGAGGGAUGGAAACGAAUUGAGCAGUAUGUCAAGACGCAUAAGCAGUCGGGCUCUCCUCCUGUCAACGAUGCAGAGGUAGAUGCUCAUUAA